AUGGAGGGCCCCCCCGAGAAGAGACGCCUCCUCUUCAUACAUGCCGGUCCUCAUAACCCUAUUACUCAACGUCGCACCCGCAGCAAGUCGCUCGACUCCAAAGUCCGUCGCCAUCUCAUGGUCGACAUUGGCAUGUCCCGCAGAAAGCCAUCGAAAACACCUCAAUUCGUCACCUCCGUAUGGUCCUUGGCAGAAACGCCAGGGGUGCUGUCGAGGACCGGCCAAGGUGAGCAUUCGACCAGUCGAGAUGUCGACCACCCGCAAGCUCCUGCGAAGGAUUUGGUCCUGACAGAGACCGCUGCGCAAUAUACUGCACUAUAUACUGCGGCUCCGCCCAUAUUGCAUGCACUAUCCGUCUUUGAGAAGGAAUGGGGAGAGGACUGGUUUUCAGCUUAUGGAUUCACCUUAAUCAUGGUCGCAGGAAGGAAUGCAAUGGGCUCCACUUCCUCGACAAACACCUUCUGGUUCCCCUUCGCCUUCAGACAAUCCGCCUUCCUUCAUCACUACCAACAAAUCUUCACUUCACCCAACGUCCUCAUCCCACUAUACCGCAGAUCCGCCCGAGAGUUGCGAUCCCUGGCGCUGGAACGCUCUUUAGAAACCAUCCAGUGCGUCGAGUCCAGGCUUUCCAGCUCUGAUGCAAGAAGCGCAACGUCUGAUAGCGUACUCCAUGCAGUGCUGGCACUGGUUUGCUACAAUUUUACCAGUCUGGACUUUGACCAGGCCAUGAUCCAUGUGAAGGGCAUGCGGACAGUGAUUACGGCAAGAGGUGGCAUCUCUACCUUGGAGGCCAACCAGGACCUGAUGCUCAUGAUUUCAUGGGUGGACAUUACUGCAGCAUUGCUCCACGACACAAAACCACUGUUUCCAUUAUCCGCUCCCGUGGCCAGCGCCUGCGUAUUCCGUGACUCAGGCCUAGACACGUUGCCCGCUCCGCUACUCGGCAUCAUGGACGACGAAAACACACAAAAUGCGCGAUUCAUGAACGCCGCGUCCUGUAUAGGUGAUCUGAACGCGCUCGCUGCACUUGUUCGAUUCGAGCUGGCGACCAGAGGUAAUGCCACCUGGGAUGAUGGAGAGCAGAUGGGCUUCCUCAUGAAUCCAGUCACUUACCAGUUGCUGGACCAACCAUUGAGAUCCGAGCCAGUAACACGUUGGGAUAUCAUUUCGGAGGCGCUUCGGCUUGGCGCUGUGAUCUGGAUUAUACGGGUGAAGCGAAGGUGUCGCUCCUAUCCCGGAACUGCCGAAACACGUAUCUCAACGUUGCUUCAGAUGCUAUCGAGCAAGUCUAAUGCGCAGCAUGUCUGGAACAGCCCCAACCUACGCCUCGUCCGCCUUUGGCUUCUCGUUCUCUGCAGCAUCAGUGAACCUAGUGAUAAGAACCUCGUAACUUCGAUAGAAAUGAUAGCUAGCGAGAUGAAAGAGCCGAGGUCGGCGUCGUGGGUCGAAAUCAUGGCAGAUAUCCGCCAGAUGCCCUGGGUCGAUAUUUUCGAGCCUCCGUGUGCCGAGCUCGGGCAGCGGUUCCUGGGGGAUUAUCUGGGGACGCCAAUUUGA